CUUUUUUUCGAUAGUCGGCAACACUGCUAGUUUUGCGUCGUUUAUUCGUUUAAACAGUGAAAAAUCGUAGUGCUUGCAUCAUUCUUAUGAGCGUAAUGUCGAUUCUCGUAUAUCUGAAAUAUUGACGAAAAAAAAUAAUUAUUUCUAAAUCGUCAAUUUUUUUCUUGCGACUGAUCAUCAAAAUCUUGAUCUGGUUGAUGCUAUCGUUUGCAUAUCGUGUAAACUGUAAGCACAUAAUUUAGGUUAGAAAAAGUAACAACUACACUCAAGAAACUUGCUGGCUGACGAGCACGUUAAAUAUACGCGUUUAUUGUGAAUAAAAAAAGAGACAUGAAUACACCACACUCUAAUAAGAAGAAAGGCAGGAACAGAAUCGGCAUGCAGAACGAAAGUGCGAGUCCUACGAACUCUGAAACGCUCAGUACCCAAGAAUUGGCGAAAUAUGUUCUGGUAAAUCCUAUUGGAGAGGAUGGAAAUAAACCAAUUAAGUGGGCUAUCUCAGAUGUUCUCCCUAUAAUUUCCUUAGAUAAAAGUAUAUCAGAUGAGAAAACACAGAAGAAUAGUACGAUACCAGCAGAAAAAGAAAAGGAAGAAAAGAAUGUCCUGAGUAAUUUGCCUGUUGCAACAGUCAAAGAAAUAGAAGGCUAUGAGAAACAGUUAGGAGAAGCAGAGUCACUUCCAAAUUCAUAUAUUAGAUUUAUGGAACGUAGUGGUGAAGAGCUUGAUGGAGAAGUGGAAUAUGAUUUGGAUGAAGAAGACAGUGCGUGGCUUUCUAUCGUAAAUGAAAGGAGAGUGGCUUCUGGAUUGUCUCCUCCAUUGGAGCCCGAUACGUUCGAGCUACUGAUGGACCGACUGGAAAAAGAAUCAUAUUUUCAGCAGCAAAGCAAUGGUGGAGCUGGUGUUGCGGCGGACGAAGAUGCUGUUUGUUGUAUUUGCAUGGAUGGAGAGUGCCAGAAUAGUAACGCAAUCCUAUUCUGCGACAUGUGCAAUCUUGCGGUCCACCAAGAUUGUUACGGUGUACCAUAUAUACCAGAAGGACAGUGGUUAUGUAGAAGAUGCUUGCAGAGUCCAUCCAGAGCCGUAGAUUGCGUGCUUUGUCCAAAUAGAGGCGGAGCUUUCAAGCAAACCGAUCGUCCAGCUAAAUGGGCACACGUGGUAUGUGCUCUCUGGAUACCGGAAGUAAGAUUUGCCAACACCGUCUUCUUGGAACCCAUCGACAGUAUAGAGAGUAUUCCGCAAGCUCGCUGGAGACUGACUUGCUGCGUGUGCAAACGUAGAGGAUCUGGUGCUUGUAUCCAGUGUCACAAGAGCAACUGCUAUGCAGCGUUCCAUGUGACUUGCGCGCAGCAAGCUGGUCUGUGCAUGCGUAUGCGAACCGUGCAGCCGAACAACGGUGAGCCGAUGUUAGUGCAGAAGACCGCCUAUUGCGAAACCCAUACGCCCGUUGAUUAUCAGCCCUCCACGAAUCCCACGGACGCAAGGAGAAGAGCAAUAGCUAAUAAGAAAAGUUCGUCAGCACCUGUGAUUUCUAUUCCUACAAUACCACCAGAGAGAAUUCAAGAAAUCGCUGGUCUAGCUGAAGGAGUACCGAAGAAAAAUCAAUUGAUACAACGGCUGAUCGCUUAUUGGACUCUAAAGCGACAAUAUAGAAACGGUGUUCCACUUCUUAGACGGUUGCAAAGUUCGCAUUCGCAGCCCAGAGCACCUACGCUUGUGGAAAACUCCUCGCCGACACACGACAGCGAAUUACGGGGAGAAUUAUAUCGUCAGCUUAAAUAUUGGCAAUGCCUGCGUCAAGACUUGGAACGUGCACGACUAUUGUGCGAAUUGGUGCGGAAACGCGAGAAGUUAAAGAAAGAAUACAUCCGAGUGAAAGAACGAUGUUUGUGGUACGAGUUACAGCCACUAGAGUGUAUCUUAAAUAUAUUACUCAAAGCUAUAAAAUCGAAAGAUGUCAAUGAUGUAUUUGGGCAACCAGUUAAUACCAAAGAAGUACCGGAUUAUCUUGAGAUUGUAUCACAUCCUAUGGAUCUUUCCACCAUGCAGACAAAAUUAGAAAGGCAAGAGUACGAUUCCAUUGGAGCUUUUGAGACCGAUUUUAAUUUAAUGGUGAGCAACUGUCUCGAGUACAAUCGUAAGGAUACCGUGUUCUAUCGAGCAGGAGUGAAAAUGAGAGAACAAGGAGGAGCGUUGAUAGAGCAAGCUCGCAAAGAGUAUCCUGAACUCGAUCCGGUGAUCGAGUCCGAGCAGGUCGCCUCUAAAUCCAGGAAGAGAGAAAGAACUAAUCGCAGCCGCGUAGAAACGGAAUCACAAUCCAACGAGAAGGAGAUCGAUAGCAGUGGUGUGAAUAGAAGAACGGCAGUGUUAUUGACGUGUAAAGCUAGAAAAUUUACACGCGCCAGUAGAAGCGGCCAAAUGCUCGUUUCAGAGGACGACAAGAAGAAACAAAGUGAUAGCUUUAAAGUGUACAGGAGUGGGACGAUGGAUAGCGACGUCAGCGAGGGAGAAAAUCAAUCAUCGAGCUGCAGUAGCUGCUCUACGAGUAGAUCUACUUCUCCUGAUCAGGAGCCGGAAAAAGAGAAGCCACGACAAGAGAUCGUCGUCACAAAGAAAGAGAACGAAAGUAAACAGACAAGUACCAGCAGCGGGCUGGAAGCAUUACAACUCGUUUGGGCCAAAUGUCGUGGAUAUCCUUGGUAUCCAGCUCUAAUCAUUGAUCCUAAUACACCUCGAGGUACCGUGCAUAAUGGGGUACCAAUUCCAUCACCGCCCGAUGACGUGCUGGCCCUUGCAGACAAUUACAAAGAUCCUGUCUUCCUUGUGCUUUUCUUUGAUACAAAGCGUACAUGGCAAUGGCUGCCAGGUGAGAAAUUGGAGAAACUUGGAGUAUCGCAGGAAUUAGAUGACGCAAAACUAAUCGAAUCGCGUAAACCUACUGACAGAAAAGCCGUAAAAAAAGCGUAUAAUGAAGCCUUACUUUAUCGCAAACAAACGCACACUAUGUUAAAUAGUGCGUCAAAAGGAUAAACUCCACAGAUAUCAAUAAAAUAACUAGAAUAUUGUGUAAGUAGCUCCUUUAUCUUUACUUUUGUUAUUUAUUACUUACGGUGAAUUUGACUGAAUGCAGCGCAUAUUAAGGGUAAGCGCUGGUAUCAUAGGUUUUGUAUUUAAGAUUGUCUUGAAUUUGCCUUCGAAUACUUUGUAACCGAUCAAAAAAUUUUCUACAACACCUAAAGAUGAACAUAAGACGAUUUUAAAUAUAAUAUUCAAUUAUAAAUAUAGCUUAAAUAUAAGAAUGGACUGUGAUACCGGCCUUAAUGUACCCUGUGCUGGAAUUCUGUAACUCGUUAUUAGAAUUAACGAUAGUUUCAUUAUCAUUGCGCAGCUUUUGUAUAUUGUAAAAAAGUUACACAAUGAUAACGAAACUGUCGUUAACUCCAAUAACGAGUUACAGAAUUCCAGCACAAGUGUGCAUUAAUACAUCCAGUCGAAUUCAACAUUAAUUUAUUGCUACAGUUAGAGUUGUGUAAAGUUAACUUUUGGCGAUCCUAUGUUUAGUGGGACUGGACAUUUUAUCUCUGUGAUUCCUAUAUCCAAUAAAUAGAAAUGGUGUUUAUAUUUAAUUUCAUAAAAUAGGAGGGAUAUUUUUUUUAUUAUAAGGAAAACUAUACAUUUAUUUUCCUAGUGUAUCUUUCAAUUUAAUUCGGACUUGCUGAAAUAGAUUUUUUAUAUAAUCAAAGAACAACAAAAAAUUAAAAAUUAUGUACGUACUAAAAAGAUUUUCAUGUUUAAAUGGUAAAUUUAAUGGUAAAUAAAAAUUUAAUAUAUCAAUCGACAAACAGAUAUUUAAUGUAUUGAUACAUAUUAACUUGUAAUAUAUUAAUAUUAUAUUGAUAUAUUAAUAAUAUUUUCAUAAAAAACAUUUGCAAGAUGUUUGUAUACAUGAAAAUUGUUAGUUCAUUGUGUAUACAUAAGACUAUCCUUUCAGGUGUAAUGUAACAGAAGAGAUGUAACUGUCGUAAUAUAACUUUAGUCAUUUUAAGAUAAAAAGUUAUUGUAUAUGAAAUGCUGUUUAUUGUAUUGUUAAUUUUGUUUACUGUAGACUUGUAGAAAGUAUUAUAACAAUGUACUUUGCAAACCUUUUAGUGGACUUUGAAAGUAAAAUAUCUAUAUGCGUAUUGUGUAAAAUAUAUAUUUGUACUGCUUUUGACAUAACAGCCUUUAUAUGCGAUUUUAUUAUGAUACAACUAUACACAUGGAAUAAAUCUUGAAUAUAGAAAAAUA